GCAUCACUAAUGGGAUGGGAGCCGGAACUAGAGGCUUGCGGGGGCCUGGGACACAAGAUCCAGGAGGAUAUAAAAGCUGUCAGCCUCAGGCACCACACAUACACACUCACACACACAUACUCACACCCUCCUCCAGCCUCACCGCCCUACGAUGGCCGCGUCCACCCUGUCCAUCUGCUCCAGCGACCGGAGCUACGGCAGCCGCGUCUGCCUGCCCGGCUCCUGUGACUCCUGCUCCGACUCCCCCUGGCAGGUGGACGACUGCCCAGAGAGCUACUGUGAGCCUCCCUGCUGCACCCCCACCUGCUGCGCCCCCAGCUCCUGCACCCCGGCCUCCUGCCUGACCCUCAUCUGCACUCCUGUGAGCUGCAUGUCCAGCCCCUGCCAAUCAGCCUGCACCAGCUCCUGCCAGCCCUCCUGCGGCAGCUCCUCCCCCUGCCAGGAAGACAGCUGUGUGUCUGUCUGCUGCAAGCCCGUGUGCUGCACCCCUGUCUGCUGCAAGCCCGUGUGCUGCACCCCUGUCUGCUGCAAGCCCGUGUGCUGCACCCCGGUCUGCUGCACCCCUGUCUGCUCGGGGGCCUCCCCCUGCUCUGCCCCCUCCUGCUGCCAGCCCAGCCCCUGCUCCUCGUCCUGCUGCACGCCCUNGCCUAGCCCCUGCUCCUCGUCCUGCUGCACGCCCUCUUCCUGCGUGUCCCUGCUCUGCCGCCCCGUGUGCAGACCCGCCUGCUGCGUGCCCGCCUCCCCCUGCUGUGCCCCCGCCUCCUCCUGCCAGCCCAGCUGCUGCCGCCGGGCCUCCUGCGUGUCCCUGCUCUGCCGCCCCGUGUGCUCCCGCCAG